AUCCAUACUUACAUCCACACCCAUUCACCGUCCAUCCGCCGCCACCCAAUUCCCCCCAUAGCCACGCAACUAUCCAAACCACCACAAUGGCGGGCGCCCCAGGCCCCAUCAGACGAGCGUGGUACCAGUGGAAGAUGCAGCGGUUUCCAUGGCGCAAAAAGUGGCUGGUUGGUUUUGAUCUCCACGGAAACACGUUUUGGGAGUUCAAGGACGCCCUGCACUCGCUGCGCAAUAGGAGAAUUGCAAAGUACAGCCGCAGCACGCACUAUGGCGACGUGCAAAUAUCGCCCUCAUGGAUGCAAUGGCUACGACAUACGCGCUUCGACCCGCCCUCGAUUGCCGAACAGCAGCAAGACGUGGCGCGACAGGAGCGCAUCAAGCUGCUAGCAGCCCAAGCCGACGCCAAAUGGGCAGCCAAACCCUCGGCCCUCGAUGCCCCGGACAAGCAACAGCCCGUGCUGCCGUUGCAGUCACAGCAUCCUACCACCGCCCCCUCUCCCAUAAACGUCAACCAAGACACACAAGAAAGGACGGCACCAAGACCGAAAAAGGCAAUGGCCAAAGAGCCAGCCAACUCCCCGUGGAAGCAAGCUGCACAGAGUCAGGAUUGGCAACCACAAGGCUGGGCGCCGGCCCCGGCAAAGCGACCAUCAUGACGCUUCGUCCCCAACAAACUGUACCAUAUCCGUGACACGAUACCAAAUCUCUUCCACUUGUGACUUGCAACACCCCCCUCAUGCUACCAUGCUUGUACUAUGACUCCGGUUUUAUAACAAAGGAAAGAACAUCAUAUGGUUCACUUUCAAAUAGCAUCAUCAUUCAAAUACUACUCACCAACACUAAUACGACAACCCAAAUGUGCUUCAACGAGUUGCAAG